CCCCCAGCUGCCUGGGGUGCUGAAGACUGAUUGCUUCCAGCUGGCUCCCUCUCUGGGAGUCUAGGGGGAUGCCUCACCCAUGAUCAUGUGCCCUUCCUGGCACAUCCCCUAUCUGACCGAAGAUCAACCUAUAUGGACAUUCCGGUACCAGAGCUCUGCGCCGCCCCGCCCCCGGUCACGCGGCUGCGGGCUGUCGCCCCCUGGCGCCGGAAGAUGAGCGGCGUUGGCGGCGGAGAUGGAGGCGACGGUGGCCCCCGCGCGGGAGUGCGGGGAGCCUAGGCUGCUGGGCCAGCCCGGCCGCCGGGCCCUGUACUUCUGCGGGAGUAUCCGCGGCGGGCGCGAGGACCGGGAGCUGUACCAGCGGAUCGUGUCGCGACUGCGGCGCUUCGGAGCCGUGCUCACCGAGCACGUGGCGGCCGCCGAGCUGGGCGCGCGCGGGGAAGAGGCUGCUGGAGGCGACAGGCUCAUCCAUGAGCGGGACAUGGUCUGGCUGCAGCAGGCAGAUGUGGUCGUGGCGGAAGUGACCCAGCCAUCCUUGGGUGUAGGCUAUGAGCUGGGCCGGGCUGUUGCCCUCAAGAAGCCAAUCCUGUGCCUGUUCCGCCCGCAGUCUGGCCGAGUGCUUUCAGCCAUGAUCCGGGGAGCAGCAGAUGGCUCACGGUUCCAGGUGUGGGACUACGAGGAGGGAGAGGUGGAGGCCAUGCUUGACCGGUACUUUGCGGCUGCUCCUCCCGAGCAGGUGGCUUCCUCCCCUGCCCCAACCGCUUGCCUUGGCCCCACUGUCUGAAAUUCUGCGGCUCGCAGACUCUGCUCUGCACCACCCUGGCCUCUUAGCCCCAGUAAUUAAAAGGUAUGUUUACAAUCUAAACUUCACGUCUGUAUGUGUGGUGGGGCAGGGCCAGCCCUAGAGUAUCCCCUUCCCACUCUUCACUGCAAGGUGUAGAGACCCUUUAAGUCUGUAGGCCCCCAACGG